AUGACCAAUUUUUUUUUAAACAAAAAUGAAGAAAAUAAUUUAUCUUUAUUAGAUAAUUCUGAAAUUCAAGAAAUUUCAGAAAAUAAUCUUUUAGAAAAUGAAACUUUGACUAAAGAAGAAAUUUCUAAAUUUAAAAUAUUAUAUUAUAAAACAAAAGAUAUUUUAAAAGAACAAGAAGAUAAUAAUUAA